UCACUGCCUCUGUGGAUGUUUGUGGAGAAACAGCGGUGGUGCCGCCUUCACUGACAUACUAACCCACAACAGAGCUCGGAACCCGCGGACCGAACCAGACGCCGAGCCCUUGCACACACGGACCGUCCGCAGAGAAGAUGAUGUGGACCGUUGUGAUCCUGCUGGCUGCUGCUCUACAUGUGGAAUCUUAUGGGAUGCACGGUCAGGAGCGUUUAUUCCACGGUCGCCAGCUGAAGAUCUACUUGAACAAGAACUGUGAUAAGCUGGAGUUCAUCCCAGCGGAUGAUCCCUACAACUCCAUCCUGUACUGGGACCGACUCAUGGGCAGGGCGAGGAAGGGUCGCGUGUCGGGCACGGGCUCUGACCGACGAUGGUUCAUCGACAAGGUGACUUAUGAGGACCAGGGGACAUACGUUCAGAGAGACUUCUGGAAUAAAGAGGUCUCCACCAUCAAAGUGGCUGUGACGACCAGACUGAACUUUGAGAAGUGCGUCGCAGGAGAGAGUCUCUACAUCCCACUUGAGGGCCUCGACCUGGCCGACGCUGAACUCAUCUUCACCGGACAGAGCGCCAACGUGACGCUGGUGCAUGAUGGUGCUCCAGUAGGCCAAAACCUCCCAGAUUACUGGAACCGGGUUGAGACCCACAGUCUGAGGCUGGAGAUCAAAUCCGUGAACACCACCGAUGAGGGACGUUACUUACUGAAAGACAGGAAGGGCCGGGAGGUGUCUAUAACCAAGAUGGACCUGACGGACCAUCAUGAGACCACAGACGGGAACCCGCUCAUGGCUCUGCUCUUACUGCUGGGCAUCCCGGCCGGAAUCUGCUGCUGCUGUCGCAAGAAGAUCUUCAAGAAGAAGGCCACCACUGCCGCGACGCUUCAGACGACACCAGACGCCGUCCAUCCUCCUCCCAGUGGCCCCGUCGGACCCUCGCCUCCGUACAGCGCUCCAGGACAACCGGGAACGGUUUACUACCACGGACCCAGUCCUGGCAUGGGUCCUGCGGGCCACCCUCCACCUGCCGGCCCUGGACAAUGGAACGGUCCUCCACCAUCCCCAGUGAGUGUCUUCAUCCACAUUCAUCCAAUCACAUGAGUCGUAAAAUUUUUUAAAAAUGCUUAAUUAAGCAU